CGAACUAACGCACUUGUCGGACUCAUUCCGCCGGUGUGGGACUCUCCCUCUCCCCGCCCCCUUGCAGCAUCAUCAACUCCGGAAUAAAUAUCCUGAGAUUCACGAGCUCAGACACAGAGACCCGGAGGAGACCCAGAGAGAUACUUUGGAUUAAGACGCAUUUACGCGCAUUGAAGAGGAGUAAAAGCGCACUUGUUUCGGGAGGUGUUUAAAGAGAGAUAUACAGAAGAACAUGAAAUUAUUACUGAACCUGCUGCUGCUUCUGCCUGCUCUGUGCAGCGCUGCAGAUUCCACUGUGCUGAAUCACAGGCAGAAGAGAGGCACACGCACUUACAGCAGAGAUUCUGUCCCCUGGCAGACGUCAACACGUCGGCUGCAUCCGAAAGAAGCUUGUGUGGACACUGAUUCGGCUGCGGUCCGAGACACGGGGGCGACGUGGCUGCGGUGGAGGGGUCCAAAAGUUGAAUUCUGCCGCUGCACCGUACGAGGAAGAGUCCGCUGUCAUGAGAUCCCAGUGACCACAUGUUUCGUGUCGAAGUGUUAUAAUGGAGGCACGUGUAAAGAAGCCGUUUACUCCAGUGACUUCAUCUGCCAGUGUCCGCCAGGGUUUACAGGAACACAGUGUGAAAUCAACACAGGUGAGAGAUGUUUGAGGGGUCAGGGGUCAGCUUACCGUGGCACCUGGGGCAUGAGCAUGUCAGGACUGGAGUGUAUUAACUGGAAUUCCAGCUCACUCCAAGGAAAGAAAUUCACUGCCAGGAGACCAGAGGCCAACACACUGGGACUGGGCAACCACAACUACUGCAGGAAUCCAGACGGAGACACUAAACCCUGGUGUUAUGUUUAUAAAAAGGCUCAGAUCUCAUGGGAGUUUUGUUCUGUACCGACCUGCGUAAUAGACCCCUAUCUAGAGUGCGCACAGAGAUCAGGACAGACCUACAGAGGGACGAAAGCCGUCACACGCAGCGGUUUGAAGUGUCUGCCGUGGGAUUCACCCGCAGUGUCUCGUAAGAUCUACAACGCAUGGAGACCCGACGCCAGAGAGAAGGGCAUCGGCAGCCACAACUUCUGCAGGAACCCGGACGGUGACCUCAGCCCCUGGUGUCACGUCUAUAAAGGCUCUCAGUUGACCUGGGAGCUCUGUGACGUCCCCAAGUGCCCGAGGAAAACUCCGUCAAUCACCACACUUGGACCACGAGCCCCUGCAACCACCAACAAUCAAGGCUCCUGCGGUCAGCGCAUCGAAGCUCCUUCAAACUCUCUGCCCAUGUUCAGGAUUCGUGGAGGUCAGGUCAGCGAUAUCCGAGAGCAGCCGUGGCAGGCCGCCAUCACCGUGUAUCGGCCGCGUGCCAAUGCCUACAACUUCCUGUGCGGCGGUGUCCUCAUUGACUCCUGCUGGAUCCUCUCCGCUGCUCACUGCUUCCAGGAGAGAUUUGAGGUGAAGCGUCUUCAGGUGGUUCUAGGUCGAACCUUCAGGCUUCAGAACUCCAGCAGCGAUCAGAUCUUUGAUGUGGAGAAAUACUGGAUCCACGAGCAGUACAAUGACGACACGUAUGACAAUGAUAUCGCUCUGCUCAAGUUGAAGAGCGAGUUUGGUAUCUGUGCCAUCUACUCUCCAGAAGUUCUGCCUGCAUGUUUACCAGAACCUAACCUGGUUUUACCGGAUUGGACGGAGUGCGAGAUCUCUGGAUAUGGGAAAGAGGAAGAGUUUUCUCCGUUUUACUCUGAGAGAAUCAAGCGCGGUAUGGUGCGGUUGUGGCCGCAGGAUCAGUGUGUCCCGGAGAAGUUGUCCGGCCGUCUGGUCACCUCAAACAUGCUGUGCGCCGGAGACACGCGUGGCCUGGACGACGCCUGCAAGGGGGAUUCCGGUGGUCCUCUGGUCUGUCCGAAGAACGGCAGAAUGAUUUUGAUGGGUUUAAUCAGCUGGGGCGACGGUUGCGGGAAGAAAGACAUACCUGGCGUUUACACACGUGUCACAAACUACUCAAACUGGAUCUCCAGCAAGACGAGAGCAAACUGAGACACAAACGAACACAAAAUACAGAGACUGUUAGGUACAGAAUAUAGAUGAUGGGGAAAACAUCUCCACAUUCACGACCUUCACGCCUGAUGGACUAUAUUUGACCUGCUCUCCAGUUGUUUUAAGUGACGUUUGAGGAGGAAACCAUCAGUGACGUGGCAUGGGAAUGUGACACUGAUGCUGCGAGUCGAUCGUGUUAGAUCGUGUUGCACACAGGACAAGAAAUCAAGAAAUCUGAAUCCAAAGAGCAUGUUUUUGAUUUACACCACACAAUGUGGCCUUCAAUUUGAGCUUCCAAACUCAAAGUUCUGCAAAAGGAUGACAUGAAAAAUACAUCAUAAAGACUUCAGGGUGCUAAAGUGCCAACUGGUGCACAAGAUCCUUUAAAAGUACUUAAUAUUUAAAAAUAAUAAAUUUAGAGGCACUUUUGCUUUGCUUUUAUAUAUAGUGAAGAUAAAGGCACAGUAAGUGAUGGCACUUUUGAAUGUUACGUGACGCUUCUACUCUUAAAAUGAUGUUAGUUCCUAAUAAUUGUACAGGUUUUUAACACUAAACUUCUGCUGGGUCAGAGAGAUGUUUGUUUCAUUGUCAGUGUUUCUGUGUUGAUCCAAACAGAUUCAUUUGACUGUAUUUAAUAUGACUUUAUGUCCUUGUUAACUGGAUGUUUGACUCCAAAAUGUCUUUAUCAACCCAGAUCUAAUAUUACUACAGACUUUAGAUGUUGGGAUGCAUAUUAAGUUAAUAUUUAACUAUUUAACAUAUUUUAUAAACUUUUAUACACAGCUAGUGCUAAAUUGUUUUGUUUUUACAGUAAAUGCUUGUACAUUACAUUUACCAGACUUUUUAUAAAACAUGAAAUGGAAACAGUGCAGUCUUCUGUAUAACAAAUAUUCUUUAUAAAUGUGAGAUGAUUUUUUUUCAGCAAGUGUUUUGUGAAUUCACACUAUAAUUGUAUGAAUUUGAAUGAUUAAUUAUUGAAUUGUCGAAUAAUAGGUGAGCGCAGAAAAACCUCA